AUGUUGUCGUGUUCGGAUCGUGAAGAAGUGCGCUGUGAUCCGUUGUCAGAUGAUUACAAACGGGACCACGAAGCACGUUGCGGAGUGAAUUUUGCCUAUCCGUAUUUCAUCUCAUUCUUCAUGCUUUGCUCAUUUCUGGUUAUCAAUCUGUUUGUGGCUGUCAUCAUGGAUAACUUUGAUUAUCUGACACGAGACUGGUCGAUCCUCGGUCCGCACCAUCUGGAAGAAUUUGUCCGAUUGUGGUCCGAAUACGAUCCUGAUGCAAAAGGUCGCAUCAAGCAUCUCGAUGUCGUGACGUUGCUUCGAAAAAUUUCCCCUCCACUCGGAUUUGGAAAGCUUUGUCCACAUCGUCUUGCUUGCAAGGUAUGGAAGUUUUCUCUUGCUAUUACUGAAAGGGAAUAUCAGCCCUGUGUUUAUGCCAUUUCACUACCGAAUUGCUAA